AUGUCUCACCCAAAACUCUUCGCGCCUGUCAAGGUCGGCGACGCGAUGCUACAGCACCGCGUUGUGAUGGCUCCGCUCACACGCCUCCGCGCGACCAAAGCGCACGUCCCGACACCACUCAUGGCCGAGUACUACGCACAGCGCGCCAGCACGCCCGGCACGCUCAUUGUCAGCGAGGCGACCUUCAUUGCUCCGCAGGCCAGUGGAUUUCCACACGUCCCCGGCAUUUGGAGUGACGAGCAAGUUGCCGGCUGGAAGCUCGUCACGGACGCCGUCCAUACUCGGGGGUCUUACAUAUAUCUGCAGCUGUGGGCUCUCGGGCGGGCAGCCAUGCCACAGAUCCUCCAGGAGGAGGGGGGACAUCCCUAUGUCUCUGCAUCCGACGUGCGGAUGUCUGUAAGGCCGUUCCCACCGCGCCCUUUGACAAGCGAAGAAAUCAAGGAGUACAUCGGACUUUACGGUACAGCAGCGAAGAACGCCGUCCGUGCUGGUUUUGAUGGAGUUGAGCUGCAUGGGGCCAACGGCUACCUGAUCGAUCAGUUCACCCAAGAUGUUACAAACAAGCGUACAGACGAGUACGGUGGUUCGGUGGAGAAUCGGGCGCGGUUCGCGCUUGACGUGCUCGACGCGGCAGUCAAAGCGAUCGGAGAGAGCAGGGUCAGCAUCCGGUUCAGCCCAUGGGGCGAGUUCAACGAGGUGCGUAUGGCAGACCCGAAACCCAGUUUCAGCUACCUUGUGUCGGAGAUAGCGAGACGGUGGCCGUUGUUAGCCUAUCUCCAUCUGGUCGAGUCCCGAAUGAGUGGCGACAAAGACAGGGCAGUUCAGGAAGGAGAGUCAAAUGAUUUCCUGCGGGAAAUAUGGGGUUCGCGGCCGUUAAUCAGCGCUGGUGGCUACAGUCGGGAAUCUGCCCUCAAGGCCGCAGAGACGAAGGGUGACUUAAUCGGUAUGGGUAGACUGUUCAUCUCGAACCCUGACUUGCCAGUGCGAUGGCAGAAGGAUAUUUCUGCUGAAAAGGGCGACCGUUCGGCAUACUACACCUUUGAGAGCCCUCAGGGAUACAUCGAUUAUCCUUUCGCUGACGGUUCGGUUGCUCCCGAGCGGUUCAAGGAGCUCCCUAACUGAGUGUGGAUGCGUGGUAUAGAUCUAACGGGUCUUGAUGUACCAUCUGGGAUAGAGCAAACAUAAAUACUACGCCAAGAAUCGCUGCACGACCAUA